GCUUUUCUCUUUGAAAUUAUACAUCCAAAGACUACCCUCCACGUUUCCACUAUAUGUAUAUACAGGGUCUAGAACAUAAAGCAAAAGAACAAACAAGAAGUCGUAAAGGGAAGAGAAUCAUAGUGUUAUCUCCAUUCAACAAAGAGAAAGAGGAGGGGGGGAGAAAUGGGAGAAGGUCAGUGUCAGCAGCCCUUGUUGAAUGGAGAGAGGAGAGACAGAGGAACGCGAAGAUACGCUCAUGGGUUAUCUUCAGCUGAGGUACAGACACUGGCUAGCAUCGGUGAAGCUGUAUUCCCUUCUUUGAAACCAAAUUCUGAUUUUGAAGGGAAGCAAAACCAGCCAAGAAAGGCUGUGCAGUCCUUCCUGGAAGCUUCAGCCUCUGAAUCCCCAAUUCCAGACGAGGUUGCACAGUUACUGGUCAGAAGAACAUUCAUGGAAACUCGGAUCUUGUUGAGGGUUGUACUCCUGUUGCUGUCCACCAGGCUGGGAACCUUGUUACUCUGUGGAUCCCUUUGUCUGGGUGAUAAAUGGCCCUACAUCAAUUACUUCUCAUGCUUGCCGUUGGAGAACAGAGAAAAGGUUCUGCAAAUGUGGUUUAAGAGCUGGCUGUUCACUCUUGUCAGGAUUGCCUUCAUCUACUUGAAAGUUGCCUGCCUCUACGUUUUUUUCUCUCGGGUAGGUGAAAAUAAUGAUAACCCAGCUUGGGAAGCUAUUGGGUAUCAGGUAGACAAUGUUGAGAACUCGAAGCAAGUAAGCAAGGAGAGGCCUCUUCAGAAAGGAAUGAUUGAGACAAUGCACGAAAAGGACUCAACCCUUCUCCAAUCCCUAACACAGAAAGGCCUCCAAGUUACAGAAGAUACCGAAAGAAACGUCUACAAGAUCAAAUGUGAUGCUGUGAUUGUUGGCUCUGGAUGUGGUGGUGGUGUUGCAGCCGCAAUACUGGCCAGUUCUGGCUUGAAAGUUGUCGUCCUAGAGAAGGGGAGCUAUUUUGCUCCGUCAGAUUAUUCCCCCUUUGAAGGCCUCUCAAUGGAUCAAUUAUAUGAAUCAGGUGGAAUCCUUCCAAGUAUUGACGGACAGAUGCUAAUUCUUGCGGGCUCCACAGUGGGUGGUGGCUCAGCUAUCAACUGGUCAGCAUGCAUCAAAACACCAAAAUCCAUACUUCAAGAAUGGGCUGAGGACUGUCAACUCCCACUUUUUGGGAGCCCUGAAUAUCUUUCAGCCAUGGACAAUGUUUGCGAGAGAAUUGGUGUCACUGAAAAUUGUAAAGAGGAGGGAUUUCAGAAUCAAAUACUUCGAAAAGGGUGCAAAAAUCUUGGUCUUGAAGUUGAGAAUGUGCCACGGAAUUCCUCAGAGAGCCAUUACUGUGGAUCUUGUGGGUUUGGUUGCAGAAGAGGAGACAAGAAAGGGACUGAUCGUACAUGGCUAGUAGAUGCUGUUAGUAAUGGUGCAGUGAUUUUAACAGGAUGCAAGGCCGAGAAAUUCAUAUUAGAGAAAAACAAGAUCGGCAGUAAAAGGAAAUUGAAAUGCUUGGGAGUAAUUGCAAAAACUUCAAACAAAAAUAUCACCAAGAAACUGCAUAUAGAAGCCAAAGUAACAAUAUCAGCAUGUGGUGCUCUUUUCACACCCCUUUUAAUGCAUUCUAGUGGGUUGAAGAAUCGGAAUAUUGGUCGAAACCUUCAUCUCCACCCUGUCCUAAUGGCCUGGGGUUACUUUCCUGACUCGGAUUCAGAGUUCAAGGGGAAAGUAUAUGAGGGUGGAAUAAUCACUUCAGUGCAUAAGGUGGUAGCAGCAGACAACAAAGUGCGAGCCAUCAUAGAAACUCCUUCGCUAGGGCCAGCCCAAUAUGCUGCUUUAUGCCCUUGGGAGUCUGGUCUUGACAUGAAAAGAAGGAUGCUAAAUUUUUCCAGAACUGCUCAUAUGAUAACAAUUAUAAGGGAUCAGGGAUCUGGAAAAGUUCAUGCAGGGGGACGGGUAACCUACAAGUUUGAUGCAUUAGACAGACAAAAUAUGCAAUCUGGUUUGAGACAGGCAUUGAGGAUUUUAGUAGCUGCUGGAGCAGUUGAGGUAGGCACCCAUCGUAGUGAUGGGCAGAGCAUCAGAUGUAAAGGGAUAAGCAAUAAGGAGUUAGAGGAGUUUCUAGAAUCAGUUUCUCCAGUAGAAGGCCCAAUGUUCCCUGCAGAAAAAUGGGUCACCCACACUAGUGCUCAUCAGAUGGGCAGCUGUAGGAUGGGGAUUAAUGAAAAAGAAGGUGCAGUUGAUGAGAAUGGAGAGAGCUGGGAAGCAGAAGGAUUAUUUGUUUGCGAUGCAAGUGUUCUUCCUGGUGCUAUUGGUGUGAAUCCCAUGAUUACUGUCCAGUCCACUGCUUAUUGCCUUUCAAAGAGAAUAGCAGAGUCUUUAAGACAAAAACUAGUCUUCUGAAGUUUAUGAAUCCUUCGUCAACAGCCUGAAGAUUGACGAUAAAUGUAUUUUAUAAGUUUAUAUGCUUGCAUUUUACUGAAGAAUAAGAAACAGAGAGGAUGGUAAAGUCUGUAAAACUUGCUCAUAUAGUGACAACAGAAAGGGAUUUGAUUUUCUUAUUAGUU